GAAACAUCUAGUUUCCGCUGACGGGUCAAAGAACGAAAAAAACACCAGGGACCAUCUGUGAGAAAAUCUCCAAAAUUGAUUUCUGAAAGAGACUCCAUAUAAGGCAGUUAACAGCUUGUGGUCAAAAUGUGGUUGAUGAUCACAGUAUUAAUGAUGUGUUCACUUCAUGAAGUUGCUGAGUCAUAUAAACAAAUACAUUUGUCACAUAUGAAGAAUGUCGUUGAACCUGUAAAAGAAGUUCAACCGCGUGAUGUUCAGUGCCUGGCUAAGGGCAGUAAUGGGAAUGAAUACAGAGGUACGAUCUCUGUAACAUCCAAGGGACAGAGAUGUCUCUACUGGGAUCGAAUUCAACAUAUAGGAGCGAAAGCUGUUUCCCAAGGACUUGGAUCACACAAUUACUGCAGAAAUCCAGACAACAGUAGUGGGCCAUGGUGUUGGGUUAGGGGACGUGCCAGGAAAGUUCGCACAUUCUGUGAUAUUCCACAGUGUGAAGCAAAGACAAAGCUCCCAAAUCAGGACACUGAAAUGACAUGUGGUGAACGAACCCCAAAUAAGAAUUUUAAGAUUAUAGGUGGAUUAAGGGCUUCAAUAGAGUCUCAGCCUUGGCUGGCAUCCAUCUUUAUAAAGGACUUGUUUAUCUGUGGAGGCACACUCAUCGCACCCUGCUGGGUCCUCAGUGCAGCCCACUGCUUCCCUCGUGGCAAAAGAACAAGAAAGGAGCAAUAUUCUGUCUAUUUGGGAAAGGAUGCCACCAAUGCAACUUAUAUGGGAAAAGAGCAGAAGUUUGAAGUAGCCAAACUUGUGCUUCAUCAGGACUUUGACAACGCAGCAGAGGAUUUUAACAAUGACAUAGCUCUGUUGCAGAUUGUGGACAACAAUGGACAGUGUGCACAGAAGACACCCUCAGCGAGGACAGCAUGUCUUCCCCCAGCUCAGCACAUGCCGCCCUAUGGAUCCUUCUGCCACAUUGCAGGUUAUGGCCAUGAGAGGAAUGAUGAAAUUCCCGGUACCUUCAGAUAUUCCCGGUACAUGAAAGAGACUCAGGUGCAGAUUCUCUCCCCAAUUGUCUGCAAGAGGAAGGACUACUAUGGAAAAAGGGUCACUGAAAACCAGUUCUGUGCAGCCAGUCAAAAGUGGACAGAGGAUGCUUGUCAGGGAGACUCUGGCGGUCCUCUGCUGUGUGAAGUGAAUGGCCGAAUGUUUCUCUUUGGUGUCAUCAGCUGGGGAGAUGGUUGUGCCACCAAAUUUAAACCAGGUGUCUACACAAAAAUCACCAACUACAACAACUGGAUUGCAAAAGAAACAGGCCUGCUCACCUUCACUAAAGGCAUCAUGUACCCACGUAAAGAUUAGCUGUAUAAGCUGCAAAUAUAAUGCUUAUUAACUCAGAGUUUGGUACGCAGACUCCAGCCUCUAGAUUACACAUGUCAAUCUCUGAUGAUCACUGUCUAAAUUUUAUCGCUUGUUGUCCUUUAGUAUUAACUAAAUGAUUAUGAAUAGUAUGAAUAGUAUUCUUAUGAAUUCCAAUGGCAGGAACUGCAGGACCAGUAACUUUUGAUCUUUGACAAAAAUGGCAUGAUGUCAUUGAACCAUCGUAACAUGCAUCUAUAAUAUGUAUAGUAUUUAUAGUUAUAUAAUUUAUAAUCUAAUUUAUUUAAUAUCACAUUAUGUUCCAUUUGUAAAAUGAAUGUCCAAGAAGCAUUGCUGUGUGUGGCACCAAAUAUCAUAGGAAGCACUGGCUUUUUUCAUAAUUUUUAUGUAACGUUUGAUGUUUUAAUUCGUGUUGUGUACGUAGGAUUUAUUUAAUGAAGAAUUUCAAAUGAAAGAUAAGAUGUAGAUGCAUUCUGUACUUCAAAUAUGUAUGCUUUAUUUUAAAAUAUUUAUAUUCUAUUUGUAUUGUAUUUAUGAAUAAAUAAAUAUAUAUUUUUGUAAGCGGUGUGCAGGUUCUUUCUAUAUGCUUUUG